AAUGGAGAGCGACGAUUUAAGAACAGAACUGUUGGAACAUGGCAUAGAAGUUGAAUCUGAGCAGCAGGACGAGAACGAAAUACUUUGGCUAAAGUCGAAGAGAAUUCGGAAAAAAAAAGUUUACGAUACAACUUCUGAAGACGACAGUACAAGAGUAAGACAAACUGAAACCGUUUUUUACGACGAAUUUUCGGAUGAAAGUGAGGAAACGAAUGAUACGGACGGAACUGAAUUUACCGUUAAUACCGACAGUUUGGAAGGCUCUGAAUAUACAGACGGUACGGAGUGCUCUGAUGUAACAGAACUGACAGAGAUAAUAGCGCAAACGGAAGAAAUAAGAGGAAUGAUGGCGUCGGUGGAGACAGAAUACGCGGAAGAACUAACUAGUUCAGAUAUUCCUGAAUUUCAAGAAGUACCCGAAAUAUCAGCAGGCAUUGAAACAGAAAGCACAGUUUGUACCGAUGGUUCUAGUUCAACUUGUUCUAUGCACUCGCCAAGUGCGACCGAAGAUACAGAUAAUGAGGAGAAUAUCGAGAAUACAUCAAGCGGAUAUACAAGUGAUACAUUUAUUGAGGAAGCGAAAACUCCUUGGUUUACCGUCAAAGAAUGGUAUCCCUAUCGCAAUGAUACUUUUGAACGUAAAGCUAUUCACCUUGAAAAACGCGUUAUGAUGGCCAAAGAGGAAAAAUCGCUACUUGAAGACUUAUAUAGGCUAAGGGAUAGAAAAACUAUACGAAAUUUGCGAAUGAUUUUACCUGAAGUUGGUGCUAAAUUAAAUCGACUUUCUAGAAGAAAGUCGAAAGUUGUUAAACUUGUUGAAUCGAAUCUUAAAUUAUCUAAGAAGAUGCCGAAUAUGGCAAGUUCUAGUUGUAUUAGCUUUCAAACGAAUUGGCUAAAUCUAUGCAGAGUUUUUGAUCAAGAAACGAUUGACGAGCGAUUCACCCAGAUGGAACGCGACUGCUAUCAUUUCGUCUUUAGUGUGGCGAGUGCCGAAAAGCGAAUUAUUGAAGUUAUGGAAAUGAAAUUACGACUGAAUAUAUCAUUCCUGGGUGAGGCAGAAGAAGAGCGCAUGAGGUCAUAUCAAGAUGAUAUUCAACUGCUAUACGAAAGAAUCAAGAGUGACGUGAAAUACUUGAAACUUCAUUUAAAAGAAUUCGUUGAUAAUAUAAGCGAGAUGGGAGAAUUUAAUUAG